AUGCAACGACCCCUGAAUGUAUACUAUAGGGACUAUUCCGCAAAUUUGUCCAAUGAGCAGCGGGACAAAUUAAUGAAAAUAAGGCUUGAUGAUGAGGGGGAUGGCAAGCCGCAGGACGACGUAGCGGACGCUAUUGAUAUGAACAGAAUGCAUACGCAGGAGAGGGAAUUGGAAGCUCUGCUCAAGGGGCAAACGGAGUUGUCGGGGAAAAUUCGGGAGGACUUGCGCGGACGCACCAGGAAAAACAAGCGAAUGUCCAUCAAAUACAACCAUGGGGAAAACGGCGCAGCGAGUGGCGACUCGACGGAAGCAAACACGGAUGGAGACCAUUUUGACGUCGACACGGAAAUUGACGUCCCCACCGAUUCGAUGCGCGAACCCGUAGUGCUCGUUAAAAUUCCAGCAGUUAGCAUUUACGACCAAAUGGAAAUGCUACACGACGUUGGGGAGUUGAUGGAUAUAAAUAAUGAAGAUGCGUUUUACUGAGGUUGGGAA